UUUGAAAUUAUUAUAUAUAUAUAUAUUUAUUUAAAAUGAAACAAUAUGCAAUCUUUUGUAAAUGUGGGUAUAUUCUGAUUACAGAGAAUGUCUGAAAUUUUCAGAAAUAUUUUCGAUAGAAAUUAAUGUCCCGUAUCAUGUGGGCGCUUUAUCAAAAGCGUUUAUCGGAUGAGAUAAAUAAAAAUGAUUCGUAUAAACAUGCUGCUUUGUAAUUGGCUUCACUUUGAGAAAGAAACGGUGAAAAUUUACUUCGAUAACAAACUUUUACGUAUCUGUCUUUUCAUUAUUAUUUUUCCCCCCUUUUUUAAUUAAAAAGAACUUGUCCAUCUAAAGUCCCUUGAUACGACCCAUAUGUGGCGUAUCAACUAUCUAUCUAUAUUAAAUAUCGCUUCGUAAAUAUUGAUAGAAUUAGUUUCUGGUUGAUUUGAGAACAUGAUCAAUCUUUCUUUCGAUAUACGAACCAAUAAAACGUAUAAUAAUAAUAACAAUCAAAAAAUGAAGAGAAUUAUUAUAUCAUUUAUCCUUCGAAAGAAAGAAUUAAUCUCGAAAGAAGUGAUUAUCGAUAUCGACGCAAAUGUGCCGAUCCACUCCGCUACCCCUAUCCAUUCCAUAUUCGACGAAAUCUAACGCGUUUCGUUGAAAUUCCCCUUCGAAAAAAACGAGUUUUUUACACCAAUUGGAAUUAUUAUUGACACAGGUGUCAAUGGAAAGAAAGAGAGAGAGAGAGAGAGAGCACGAUAAAAGUGUAUCGCGAUCCAUCAAGGCGUGAAAAGCAACACGCGUCUGCACGAAAUGGGUGGUUUAUAUCGUUAACAACUAUUUUCGCUUCUAUGACGUGUUAUAGCGAGAAGUCUUUUUGAUCUCUGAGGCUUGGGAAAACAUUCUUGUGAAAAAUGGAUGGGAAUAACCCGUGGCUUAUAUAUAAUUUUAAGGUAGCCGAACAGGGAGGGUGUUUCCCUCGCCUCGAGAAAUUUGCUCGUCGAUGGAUCGAUUAGUUGUGGAUAUUUCCUUCUCGUGAAAAUAAAUAAUUUCGCGUGAUGAUAGCAAGAGAGAGGUCAAAAAUUCGAAAGCUUCGAACGGAGAUUCGAUUUCUCGUCUCAUAAAGGAGAAAUUCCUCUUCGCGUUGAUCUAAUUAAUUGCGUAAACGUGUGCAAGUGUCGGAGGAAGUUUCGUUAAUCGCGAAUAUUCGAGGUUAGGAAUGAAAUAAUGUUGGAAUAAUUUAACGAGCUGCCUCCAUUUGACCUCCGUCGAAAAUGGAGGAAUAAUUCAUCGAGUCAGGCAUAAGGGAAGAUGAUGGCUCGGGUUUCGAGACACUGUCACUCCCGUGACGCGCGUCUCUGAAUUAAUUCGCGAUUAAUUAUGCUCAACCAUAAUCCUGGCGAGAAUCCCCUUGAAUUCACCUGUAUACACGGCGAAUACCCGAAAAUCGUCAGGAUCUCAUGCGGAUUAACUCGUUCGAUAUGGGUCGUGGAUUUAUCUUUCUUUUUUUUUUUUUUUUAAGGAAUAGAAUCAAGUUUUUAAUAGUGGAAAAAAGUUCUAUGCAAAAUUCUCGAGCGUUAUUAUAGAAUAUUCAAGAUAGUUCGUUCGAAAAAUUCUUUUGAACGAUACAAAUUUAUCCUGCACGUUUUUUAUUAUUUUUUUAUCGCGAGAAAAGGAAAAAUGGAAUUUACCUUUCCGACAAUUCGAUUCUAAAACUACUCGAUAAGAAGUUUAACUCGUUCCAAUACGAAUCGAAUCAUUUAUGAUUAAUUUUCCAACUUGGGAAUAAUCGUUCUCGAAAAUGAAAUAGAAUUCAGCAAUAUUGUCCUGUUGACAAUAAACAAACCUUUUGAAUAGAAUUUUAUUUACACUUGUAAUCAAGCUCUCGCGACUCCGUUCCACGAGAACUCGAGAGAAGCGCGUGUUUCCGAGUUAAAGCAAAAUCUAGUCUCCUAUGAAUUGCAAAUAACACAAGUAGUGGUAGAAUUUCAACUAUUUAUCAUCUCGUAACAUUUCAGGGAGUAGUUUAUAGUGCGGACCGUUAAUCAUCGGAUGUUAUUCCCCAAUAUGGCGGACGUGCAAACGUGAAUAUCGAAUAAAUUAUUAAUCGUCCAUUUCACUGAUCGAACGAUGAAAUUGAAAGUGGAAAGAAACGUCGCUUUGCCACGAGUGCAAUUGCGGAUUAAACCUUUGUAAAAUUUCAAACGCGGGAUCCAACCACUGGAAACAUGGCCCCGUUUCGAGAGAGAAAUUCGUUAAACUAAGCUUCGUCACCAAAUUGUAAAUUCCACAAGUUUCCGCUCGAAGAGUGUUGAUCGUCGUCGUAAUGGCUUCGAGAAUUUGACAAAAUGGCGGGAAAUCGUGGUGAUUGAAGAGGACGCUCGAGUGAAAACAGGAGAUAUUAUAAAUAUAAAUAGAACUUUUACUUGUGAAUGAAAAUUGAUUAAACCAUGGUUUUUGGAUAUUCCAAAAAAUUCUUAAAUUCUGACCUAAUAAUUUAAGAAUGAAAAUGUAGACGAAGAAUCGAAAAAUUGUAUUUGGAACGAACUAUUCGUUUAAUCAAAACAAAUUGUUACAAUUUUUACCAAUCAAAUAUAAAAUUCAUACAAUUUAAACAAAAUGAUGCGACCAACUGAACUGUAAUUAAUCCUUGUCCAUCCAAAAAUUUAACUUAAGAGACAAUUAAAAAUUACUCCUUGCCUUCUAAAUUCUAUUGAAAGAUAAAUUUACCAAGGAAAGUGAGAAUAAUCCCAACGAAAUCUCGUAAUCUUGUGUGUAUCGAUCGAUGUUUCAAUUUAAUUCGCGUUGAAAAGAAUUCUCGAUGAAAAGAAUUACCCUUCUUCCACAAACACCUCUCAGACAUAAGAAGACAGGAACUGCAUAAUAAUUUUAUUAGAGGCGAAAAGUCGAAACGAAACGAACUUUUUAUUUCGAUCGACAAUCGAUAAGAUAUAACUUUCCAAUAUUUAGAAUCGCGUCCAAUAAUAUUUUUACGUAAUACGAUAAUAUACACGUCCAAAAAUCCGUUCCAAUAAUUGUAAUACGUUAAUUACUCUCUCGAUCCCACCGGGUUUCCCGAGAGUCAUCGGGGGGAUAAUUAACAGACAUGAGAGCCACGUUUACCUGACAAUCGAGGAAGGCUUUGUAUCCGAUUACGGUGUUACACGAUCUUACGCAAAGUGUGGUAUGAUAAUAGUUUAGGAUCGAUCCGGUGGAACGGGAUCUUACGCAAUGAUCCUCCCCUCGUUUUUUUCAAAUGGAACAAACGGCAGCUGCUUUUUUUAGGGGGAUAUAAUACAUAUAUAUAUAUAUAUUUCAAUCUUUUAUCAAUUCGAAAUUUCGGUAAAAUUAGACAGUCAAUAAAAGAAAAAAGAAAAAACACACAAAUUUUACUCGAAAAACUAUAAUACUACAAUAACUCGAAUAAUUUAUAACUUUAUCCUUGGAAAUUCGAGUUGUCAACUGUAAAUCCCUCCUCUUAAAUACACACACACACACACGCGAGGGCGCUUUAUGGAUCGCUGUGCCAAAGAGAACGGUAUCGCGUAAAAAGAGCUCGUAAAAAAAAAAAAAAAGAAGAAAAAUCUUACAUUAAUACACGUAUAUCUCAUAUUAUAUUUCCCCCCGACUGAUAUCGUCCGUUCGGCCAUUCCUUUACUUUUACCUGAGCGCAAACCUUAUUGGAAAAAGUUGAGCGGCAACAUAGAAGGAAAUAUUUAUAUUUCGCAAUUCGAUAUUCCUCCACCUUUGAAUUUUUCCGGGAUGAAUCUUUAAUAACGCGACACGCAAAAGGAGAGUAUUGACGUCAGACAGAUUCUUUCGGUGAAUAAAUGCAUAGAGGAGCGAAAUAAGAUUUGGGAAGGGAAGAUCUUGAGAUUAAGAUAACGCGUUUGUUCGAUUUUUUCUUCGCCAACCGAGCUCUGCCACUGAAAAAUAUUAAAAUUAAAAAAAGGAAAAAUCAGUGACAACACAGAAAACAACAAACGAGGUUUCGAAUUUGUCGAAGUGAAAAAUUGAAACAAUUCGAAUUCUCUCGGUUUGGAAAUCCGGAAAAAUCGAAGCUCGUGGUUUCACCGAUUUUAAUUGUUUGUUUUAAUUCUCUUCCUCUCUCUCUAUCUUCUCAUCGCGCGAUGAGAAUAAACGAAAUAGUUUUUCCUCUUUUUUUCUUUUUUACCUCGCAUAACACGCAAAGCAAUCGUUAAAAUUUUAACAGAGAACGAUAUCUUAAUUUGUUCGCUUUAUUGAGGGGAGAAAGAUUGUGGCAUUUCUGGUCGAUUUAAAUAAUAAAACUGGCGGAGCAACCUUUUCUGCCCAACGAAUGACUUUAUCGAUUCAAUUCACAUUAUUUAUUUCACGUGUGAAUAUAUUAUAUUCCUCCCCUCGUUUCAGCUUCCUUCUAAGAGAGAAAGAAAAAAAGAGCGAAACGUACAACGUGCGAGCUAUCGAAGCGAACGCGUCGAAUAGUCCGAAAUUUCCAGUUCGUUAAACCGAUUCCUGAAAAGCGGGUUCCAAGUUUAUUCCGCAAGUUUUCGUUAAAGUAAACGAGUCACAAAAGAAUAUAAUCCGAGGAAUUUUUCCCCUUCCUUCUCGUAUCAUCCAUCGUCUCGUUAGUCAUCUUUUUUUGCGAAGGAAUGUUAGUCACGUCCUAUGGUGUUCCAAAGUUGGGGAGGGUUUCCUUUUUUUUCUUGCAGGAUUCCAGCUCCCCCCUUCUUCUUCGUAUCAUGAUCGUAUAAAAACACAUCGCUCUUUUUUUUUUUUAGUCCCUUAAAGAAUCGUAUCACGAAAUUUCUUCUGUCUUCUUCUUAUAUUAUUAUUUCUUGAUAAGAGGUAAAUAACAAUCAAACCAACGCAACGAACGAACAUCACGUUACUUCACUCGAUUGGAAAUCGAACGUCGCCGAUGACAAGGAUCGUGGAUUAAACGAAAGAUUUUUUUUCUUUUUUUAAUUAAUCUCGAUCCUUUAAUUAAUAAAUGUUUAACUAGCUUCGGUAUUGUAUUAAUUUUAUCGGCAAUUUCUUAAUUAAUUUUCAUUGUAAUUCGUGGGGUCAUUGGUUAUUAAUCACAAUUGGGCAUGCAAUUAUCUGUUUUGAAUAGGUAUUCGAGAAUUUAUUAGGAACUAAAUGAAACGAAGAUAAGGAAGAAAACCGGAUGCCUUUGAUCAUGGCGAAUAAUGGAUAAUGAUGACGUAAACGAGAAUAAUCCCGAAGAGUUUCUCGAUGAGUGAAGCGCUUUCCUCCAGAAGAGGAAGAGUUUAAAAGAGUGUCGGAUAAAAGCUGUCAGAAACUUGGUCGAAGCUGACCAUUUUGCGCGGAUACGGAAUAAUUUAAAUUCCGGAUUAAUUGUUAUUAGCCAAAUAUAUCGUGCCAAUUAUCAAAGUAAUUUAAUUUUGUUUUCGAUAUUAAUCGAAAAAUAUUUCGUAAUAGGAUUACAAUAUGAUAUUUAGCAAUUAUUUUCAAUAAUUUAAAGUGUUUAUGCGUUAAUUUAGAGAGAUAUUUUUCUUUUUUUUAAUUGGUAUCUUGCAAAGCUUAUUAUGUGUGAAUACGAUUACAUAACGCGGGAAGGAAAAUGAAAAUAAGAAUACAUAUCUCGUAUAACACGUUCAACGAUUUUACAAAAUUCAAUUUGAAAUAAAUGUAAUAAUUUUUCUUUCUUCGUGAAAAUAAUUUUUCAAUCGAGAACUCUUAUAAUUAUUUUCUUUUUUCUUUUGCAAGAAAAUUAUUGAUAUUUAUCGAUCUAUAUUAAAUAACUCCUCCGAGUGAGUUAUUUUGAUAUGAAUAUUGCAGACGAGGCACGUGAUACGCUUUGAUUCGAUUCAAAAUAAGAAGAAAGAAUUGAUAGAAGUCGAUCGAAUAGCCGUCCUGGGACGAAUUCUAACUUCCACGAAAGAGAAACUAUCGAUCUCAGGAUAUUAAACAGAUCGAAAUGAUUCCAGCGUGUCCUGCUCGAUUAAAUCUUUUUGGUUGCAUGAUUUUCCCGUAUAAAUUGAGGAUAUUUCGAAAAGUGUGUAUCACUAUUACUUGGUUUUCGAGUCACGUGGAAGAAUUUAUGACAGAGAAGGAUAUUGGAUAAUUGAAAAGAAGGAUAUAUAUUUUUAUAGAAAGAUUGGCGACUCUUUUAAAAGGUAUCUCGGACAACUUGGACAAUAUCGGAUUUCUUGGGUCAAGUUAUUAAAAAGCUUUGAGAAGAAAUCGAUUUAAGAAUCGAUUUGUCCGCUGUCAAUCUUUUUAUCCGCAAUUAGAAAACCUCUCCACGAAAAAUUAUCAAAUAGAAACACAAUCUACAAGAAGAGUAUUAUACACGAGAUAUAAUAUAAAUAUAAAAGCAUGAAUUUACGUCUCUAUAUACUUCCCAUUAUCAUUACGCGGACCAAACAAACAAUGAAACUUCGACUUUUCGUGUAAAAAAAACGCGAGAAGAAAUUAAAAAUUUUGUCAUCGAAACCCAGUCAGGGAAUAGAGAAAACCAUGCCGUUGAAGUCACUUUUUGAUUUAUUCCGAUAUCUCGAUCGGCUGCCGAGAUAUAAGGACACAAAGUGUCCAUAGCGCUUAACACGUGCGAAGAUUAUGAAUGGGACCGCGACCUACAUUUUUUCCUGGAAAUGCGUACUACGUUCUUCUAGGAAUUGUAUACUGCGCUUUUCCAGGAAUCGCGGCUCUCGCUUGCCUGCAGUUUGGGAUAGGUCAGUGAGUCGAGGUGUGAGCGAGAGAUCCGACUAAGCGACAAGGACGGACAGAGUAAACGAUUAAAAAUUACCUUCGUCUUUACACGACGAUAUCUCGGGAACCGGAAGUCGUAUCGAGAUGAAACAAAAACCGUUUUAAAGGGGAAAGUGCCGCGCUUCCAACGAUCCUUCGUGCGUUGACCGGAAGUUGUUACUUUCGGAGUUAUAGCGAUUCAAAGUUUUUCCGAUUUUAAUAGAAUUUAAUAGGAUCUAAGCAAAUGAUUAAAAAUUAUCUCUUCUUUACGCGAUGAUAUCUCGAGAACCGGAAGUCGUAUUAAGAUGAACGAAAGGAGGUUUUAAAGGGGAAGAAUCCGCGCUUCUAAUGGUCUUUCGUCCAUUGGCUAGAAAUUAUGUUCUUCUGAAUUAUACCGGUUUAAAGUUUUUCUAAUUUUAAUAGGGGUUUAAUAUUUUCUGGAAAAAUAUUGAAAUACCAACAAUAAUUUUACUGAUGGUAUAUUGACGACUUUAAAUUGAUUUAAAAGUUAUCUCAAGUCUUUCUAUUUCAAAUAGUUUGGAUCUUUAUUUCAUUGAUUUGGUUCGAGUUUAAUUACAUUAAUUAAUCGAAAAGGUUUUGUGAAUUUUAAAGAAAGAUCUCCUUUUUUUAAUUAUGCAAAGUAGAAGAAAAUGUUUCGAUUAAACGUUAUGUUCAUUAACAACUAUAACUCUAACUCUAAUAAAAGAUAAGUAUGCCGUUUCCUUUUUUUUUAAAUGAAAUGAAAGAUUUUUUUUAAUUUCUUCGAUACACCAAUUUCACCAAAAAUUUGUUACAACUUAUUUGUUGGUAUAUCAACUUUUAAUUUAAUUUAAAAAUAAAAAUGUACCGAUAUUUGCAAUAAUUUCGAAUAAAAUAAUUUCAUUUCCAUUUUACAUAGAGAAUAAAAUAAUACAACAUUAUACACGUAAAUACAUAACGGAACAUUAUUCGCUUCGGCUAACGUAUUAUUCGUUCCAUUUCGUAUAAUGAUAAAAUAAAUUCUACUAAUUCUACAAUAUUGCAGAUAUUUUGUCUACAAGAAUGUAACAAAAUAUUUGAUAAAACUUCCUAUCACAUUUUCCCCUAUUUUCUAUCAUCAAGAUCGUAUUUCCAGAAAUUUAACAGAGAGAAAAAAUGAUAAAGCAAUUUUUAAUAUCACUUUUAGUUUGCUCCUCGUAUAUAUUGACGUAAUAUUUUUUCUCCUAACUUUUUUUCUUCUUUUUUAAAGGAAACGAUCGACAUUUUUUUUUUUUUUUUUUAAGACUCAAUCGCCUAAUUCAAACAAAUUCGACUCGUUUCAUUUCUCGUCCACGAAUCGUUCGACCCUUGAACCAAAAUUCUGAUUUCUCGAAGAGACUGUUGUACAAGCGAGAAAAGAAAAUUUGUUACAUCAAAAUGAGAGAAAUUUCGCGAGAAUUUGUGAACAAGAGAAAUCGAGUGAUUGAUUGAGAACUUUCCACGAGUGUUUCAGUGCUAUUUGCAAAUCUUGUGUGUGAUUUUCCAUUGCUCGAUAGGGCUCUGUGGCCGAAAAGGGAUCAAGGAUAUGGCUGAGACCGAAAGACACCUGGAGCCUAAAGUGACCGAGUUGACGCCGCAUUCUGUCGAGCAUCGGGUCUCCCUUUACCCUAUCACGAUGGAAGAGAAUAGACGCGGCGAGGAGGCGAGUAAAAAGGAAUCAAACGCGUUGGAAAAUCGUGUCCAGAGAUCGUUACAACAGACCCAAUCGUUGCCGCAAUUGCAACCUGGUGGCACGACGCAAACGGACAGGAAGGUGGAAAAUCCCGGUGAAAACAUUCCGGACACGAUCAGCAGUCAAAGGGUGUACAAGAAGUCGUCGCCGAACAACAAGCUCACUCUAUACUUGGCCAGCAGGGAUCUGAUCGUGAGCGAGGCGAAAAUCGACAAACUGCAGGGUGUACUGUUGCUCGACCCCGAAUUUUUGCAAGGCAAAAGGGUAUUCGGGCAAAUCACGUUGACUUUUCGUUACGGGAGAGAGGAUGAAGAGGUGAUGGGGCUGAAAUUUUGCAACGAGGCGGUUAUGUGCAUCGCGCAACUGUAUCCGCCAUAUUCGGGUGCUGAUCAACAAGAAACGACGCCGUUACAGGAGGCGUUGGUGAAGAGGUUAGGCCCGAACGCCCACGCUUUCACUAUGGAGAUCACACCUCUGGCACCCCCAUCGGUGCAGUUGGUGCCUGCGAAGGAAUAUAAUGGCGCACCUAUCGGUACCAGCUACGACGUAAGGGCUUACAUCGCCGAUCGGGCGGACGAGAAGCUGCACCGGAAAACGACCGUCAGGAUGGGGAUCCGUGUGAUCCAGCGGACCACGAAGCCGCCAUUGCCUGCCACGAACAUGUACAGCGUGCCAGUGUCAGCUAGCCCCUCCAGAGAUCAAUCUUGCAAAGCCAGAGUCUCGUUCGUGGAGAAUCACGAGAUCACGGAGGACGAGGAGAACGCGGGCCCCCGCGCUGCGGUGGAGAAGCCGUUCUUGUUGAGCGACGGGCGGGUAGGGUUGGAGGCGAGGCUGGAUCGCGCGAUCUACGCGCACGGUGAUCCGAUCGCCGUUCACGUGAACGUAAAUAACAACAGCAGCAAAACGGUGAGAAGGAUCAAGGUUUUCAUAGUGCAACACGUGGACGUAUGUAUGUUCAGCAAUGGAAAAUUCAAGAACGUGGUGGCCUUGUUAUCCUCGCAGGAGGGAUGUCCAUUAGGUCCUGGAGCAUCGAUGAAGAAAACUUACACUCUUAAACCUAUAAAAGGCUCGACCAAAAAUUGGAUCGCCUUGGAGGAUAGUUACACGAAGGCUGAGGCAAUGUUGGCAUCUACAGUUAUUUGCCCUGGAAAUGGUCCAGAGGACAGAAACGUUUUCGCGAUAUACGUUUCUUAUUACGUGAAGGUCAAGCUAUUAAUCUCAACAAUGGGUGGGGAUGUAUCCCUUAAACUACCAUUCACGUUAAUGCAUAGUAAUACUGAUCCGGAUUUAGUAGGCUUUCCAUCUCCUACCAGAGAGGCAAAAAUUGUAGCGAAAAUGAACGAGGAAAAGAUGGAAAAUAUUGAGAGACAAGAAGACAACAAUGGGCACAAGUACAAAGGAAGCAAAUUGGAACCGAUUAAAGAGAAAUUGAAAGAGACCAAAGAUAUUGAUGUGGAUCUGAUAGAACACUACGAGGAAAGCGACAGCACCUGAGAGCAGGUGCAAACGACCGAUGUAUCAUCACGAUCAUCGGUGAAGAAUAAUAAUGGCGCAAGAACCGUGAAGAAUUCCAAUCACAAGAACUGUAAAUUGGGUUUCAAUAUACAAAGAGCUUGGUGUUGUUUCAGAAGAGCCUCUUAGUAACGUAAAAAAAAAAGAAACAUGACUUUGGCCAUAAUGUUUCUUUUCUAUUGAAAAGAAAAUCGCCUCUCCAUAUAAUUGAUUGAAAUUUUUAAGAAUUGUGUAUUUCAGAUGUCAAAAGUAUUUAUUGAAGUUUAAAUUUGAAAUCCAAAAUCGAAAUAUGAUUUUUUUUGCUUUCAUUAUAGAAAAGAAAUAAAAAGGUUAUUUCAUUCUUUAUUCUACAAUUUAUUAUUUAUGAUAUGGACAAAAUGUGAGUAUAAUUUAAUAAUUUUGGAUUAUCAAAUUUGAAAUAUUUCAUAUAUAAAAAUCAAUUUAGAGGCGAUUUUCACCAUUAAGAGUAAAUUACUAUUUGUGCAGUUCCUAUCUGAGCUAUUCUUACAAAUGAAAUCGUACUGCCCUUUCAUUAUAUGCAAACUGACAAUUAUUAAACAAUAUAAUUAUCGAAUGACGCAUUGUAAAAUUGAUUCAUCUACGCGUGUGACACCAAUCACAAAAAGUCAAUCUAUAAAAAAUAUCUCAAAUCUAUUUUUUUAGGCAAAAAAUGUUUCAUAUUGUAAGGCUUCUUAUUCAUUGUGAAAUAAAUGUUCCAUAUAAUUAAAUAAAUACUACAAGAGUCAUUGUACCUUGAUAAUAACCUUAAUACGAUGAUAAUUUAAUUCAAAGGCAUGUAAUUAAUGCCUAAUUUAUGAAUUUUAUUGUAAAUGUACAGAUAUGUAUAUUUAUAUAUACAUAUAUAUGUAAAGCUGUACAGACUCUAUCAUUAUUAAUGUAAAUAAUAAAUUAUAUAAAUAUAAUUGUACAAGAAUAUAUGUAAAACUCUAGCCUCAAAAUUUAACAAAACCUUAUAAACCUACUAAAUAAUUUACUAUUAAAUAAAAUUUUUGUGUAAAAUAA